UUCUCUGCAACCACUCUCACCAUGAUUUAUCAAUCACCUUCCAGUCGCGUCAGACUGUCACUCUUAGACAACAGAAGCUCGAAAGAUGUUGCCUGCACUUUCUAUAGCCCCAACGUUGGGGUGUUCCGAACCUAGGUCCUUAUAAAUCUGUUGCCGUUUGGUGGUUGUUUAUCUACAUCCAUCAUUGCGGUCCGCGCCUUUCAGAAGAAGACCACUCUCUAUCACAUCCAGAUAAAGUUGUUUAUUUGUCAGAUUUUGUGGCGAUAGAGAACGAGGCGGAGAGGUAAAAGUAACUGAAAGUCAACAACAGUUGAUAGAGGGCUCUACUGGAGCAGUGAGAUUGCCCACAUACAAGAGAGGUGAGUAAUGUCUUGGCCCGAACUAUACUCUUUGCACAAGUACUGAUAAUCUGCGAAGGGCCUCAGAAUAUUUUCAUCAUUCAAACCAAAGGAAACAUACCAAGAACCUACCAUCAUCAUGUCUAUUGCGAUGCUCUCAACCGAGUUACUACAGAGGAUAUACGAAUAUUCUGACCUGAUUGAUAUCCUCCAUCUAUCCCAGACUUCCAAAAGAAAUUACAAUGCGCUGCGUGGACGACGUUUGCCCCUUCUGAGACAAGCUUUGGAUGAUGAAUACGGUCCAAUACCUAGUUUGGUGAAGUUGGUAAUAAGCGAUGAUUCAACCAAAGGUAAUAGUGUUAUCGGCACAGAAAAACGUCGAAAUAUUGCCCUGGAUCGUAUUCUACAAGUCCCAAAUGAGCCCUACCUUUCGGUCCAGCUAUUGAGCAAGAUGGUUACGCUUGGCAGAGUUGCGUCCAGAUGGGUCGAGAUCUUUCCACAAUUUAGAUGGCGCCUUGAUUACCAAAACAGGAGGUUUCUACUGCCCCAUGAGCAGAGGCGCUUACGGAGGGCUGUCUACAAUUAUUGGACCUAUGGCAAUCUAUUUCAUGAUGAUAUUUAUACCAAAUUCAACCCCGAUCCUCCAUCCGGCCGCUCUGCUAGUUGGUGGAACCCUGCUCCUCCUCCGCCCGAGAUCAGUUCUGAUCCUCGCCUACGUCUGAUACAAUCAUUUACCACAAUUGAGAUCGUGCAGCUUAAUGAAUUCCUACAGCAUGUGGUCAAGCUUAUCGAACUAGAUCUUUAUCCUUCAGACUCGACCAUACAAGCUCAGCACAAUUUUACGUCCAAAGCGGUUGAGAAGAUCGCUUGGGGAGAUGGAGGUCAGUAUCGAUUCCUUGUGAAAAAUCUUCUUAGAUAUAAUCCUUUGGAUCUCGUCUACCUCUACGACCAAACCUUUACCAAAUUGGAAAGAGCAGAAUACAUGAAUGCCCGGGGCCUUGGUUUUGGCAUCAAUAGCAAUGCUCCGGCAACUUUAGACGAUGCUAUAGCUUUUAUUAUUGAGAGAAGACGACGCCAUGAUAUCAGCUCAUAUACGACACAUCGUUUCCACCAUGUGAUGUAUCAAUCUCGCGAUUCGUGUAUACAGGGAGAAAAUGUGAGGUUUGGCAUAGCUCACGAGGAACAUUAUUCGAAGGAUUACCCAUUCAACAAUGAUGGGACGAUUGUUCUCUCGACUGAUGAACAUGAGUAAGAAUCUCAGGCGGAUUGGUACCAUGCUUGUGUUAUUCAAAUCAACUUGCUUCUGUGUUAUUCUACUUUCUCCAAUAUUGAAACAACGCGCGCUUUUUUAGCAUGAUUUGAGAUUCAAAACUGUAUUGUGCAUCGAAAUUUUGUGAAUGGUGGAUUGAGAAAUUGAAAUAAGUUUGGAUAGCUUUCAACACAGGACUCAAGAUACGAA